AUGGCCUCCCAGCCAUCCAUCCCCCCCAUAAUCCGUACCCUCAGCCAACCCGACCCCUUAAAACCAGACAUAACACUAACGACUUCCCCACCACCGCGCCUAACCCCCAACAGCACCUCCGAACAUCUAAUCCGCGUGCACGCCACCUCCCCCUGCGCCGGUGAACUAACCUGGCCGUCCUAUAACCCCCAACUCUUCGCAAAGAACAUAGUCCCCUGCUACGACCUGUCAGGCACCGUCGUCGUCGCCCCGCCAAACUCACCAUUUCCGCCCGGCACGCCCAUCUGGGGACGCACAAAUGUCAACCACUCUGGCAAUGCGCGCGAAUAUACAGUGGCGCAUACGCAGGAGCUGGCCAGGCAGCCGCGGAAUGUGGAUGAGACAGAGGCAGCAAGCGUGCCGUUGAGUGCGGAGUCGGCAGUGCAGGCGCUGUUUGAGCAUGGGGGGUUUGCGGGCUUGGGGGAAGGGGAGGCCGGGAGGGAGAGGAAUAAGGAGAAGAGACUGCUUGUUACGGCUGCGUCGGGUGGGGUUGGGGUUUGGUUGUUGCAGCUGGCGAGGGAGGCCGGGGUUGGUGGGAUUGUGGCGGUGUGUGGGACGGGGAAUGUGGGGUUGGUGAAGGAGCUGGGGGCGACGGAGGUGAUUGAUUAUAGGAAGGCGGGUGUGAGGGAGUGGGUAGAAAGCGGGGAGGGAGGGGGAAAGGUGGAUCUGGUGGUUGAUUGUAAGGGUGGGGACUCACUGGCGCAAUGCUGGAGUGCUGUGAAGGAUGGUGGGGUGCUUUUGUCGAUAUGCGAGCCGCCGGAAGGGAGGAGGCCGGGGGAUUGUGCGGUGAAGGAUGUGAGGAGUGAGUUUUUCAUAAUGGUGCCGCGUGGGGAGGAUUUGGCCGACGUUGGGAGGUUGUUUGAGGAGGGGAAGGUGAGAGCUGUCGUUGAUAGUGUCUGGAAGCUGGAGGAGUAUAAAGCCGCUUUUGAGAAGUUGGACGGAGGACAUUCGAGGGGUAAGAUAAUUCUCAAGUUGUAA